UAAACGGCAGUGAAAAGCUUGAAAAGAAAAAACGAGAGUCGAUCGAUCCACCAUGAUUGCACGGAAAACGUGCUUUGCAGGCUUCAUAGGGGCCAGAUGUUUAAUUCACGUGGGAAUUGAUAAGAUUCCAACACACCUCAUUUUCAUUUUCAAUCAGGAAGAGAGAGAAUGUGCUUCUGUAUGGAGUAGGGGACAAAGUAGAGGAGGAAGAAGAGAGUGAUUGAAGGAGAUAGGGAUUGUUGGGUUCACAUUUCUUCAUCUCUCUCACAAACACUUUGGACCACCUCAUUAUUCACAUUAACUCUUCCCAGCGAGCAAUGGAGCCACCAACAAUGGCUGCUUCUUCCUCAUUACAACAACCAUGGCUAACACAGCAGCAGGUGCCCCUCCAGCAAUCCCUGCAUCAUCUACUGAACACCCGCACCGAGUGGUGGGAGUAUGCCAUCUUCUGGGAGGCCUCGCACGACUCCCUCCCACAGGCCCCGGUUCUUGUGUGGGGUGAAGGUUUCUUUAGAGGCCCUACCGACGGCUGCAAUCCCUCGCAGAUGACAAAGUCGGAGGCUCAACAGAUGGAGCGGAAGAAAGUUUUGAGGGACUUGCAGGCGAUGAUGGAGGUAGACCCGGACGGAGAUGGAUUCUCCCUGGACUCUGAUGUCUCUGAUCUCGAAUGGUUUUAUAUGGUGUCUCUAACCAAGUCGUUUAUGGGUGCUGAGGGGCUCCCUGCGCAUGUGUUUGUGGCGGGGAGACCGAUCUGGCUCACCGGCAGCCAUAGCAUUCAGAGCUAUAACUGCGAGAGGACGAAAGAGGCACACUUACAUGGCAUCCAGUCGAUGGCAUGCAUCCCCAUUGCAAAUGGCGUGCUCGAGCUCGGCUCGAUGGAUCUCAUUCCAGAGGACUGGAGCCUCUUAGAAACAUUCACCUCCAUUUUUGGCAGUGGCCAGCUUCAGCGAUGGGGCUCGGAUAACCCGCCUCCACCUUCAGUUCCUGCAACAGAGGAAGGGGCGGUGGCAGUGUCCUCAGGACCAGGAUGGUCCGGCGUCGACUCUGAGCACUCCGAUGCAGAAGACAUUGCAGCCGCUGCCGCCGCCGCAGAAGCAAUAGCAGCGGACCGCCGCCCAAAGAAGCGAGGAAGAAAGCCGGGGAACGGCCGCGUCGUGCCCCUGAACCACGUGGAGGCAGAGAGGCAGCGCCGUGAGAAGCUGAACCGCCGCUUCUACGCACUGCGGGCGGUCGUGCCCCAUGUCUCGAAGAUGGACAAGGCCUCCCUUCUCGCUGAUGCCGUCUCCUACAUAAACCAGCUCAAAGCCAAGGUCCAACACCUGGAAUCAGCUCUACAAAAGCUUGGCUCUGAUGAAAAAACCACCCAAAAAGACUCCGACGGUAAAUUAAUGCCGGACACUUCUGGUUCAGAGGGAGCCGAGUGGAAUGGGAUAGCAGAGUUGGAGGUGAAAAUUAUGGGGCAGGAUGCGAUUAUUAGGGUUCAAUCCGAGAGCACAGGACACCCGGCUGCAAAGCUAAUGAGGGCUUUAGAGGAGUUAGGAUUGCCGGUGCACCAUGCAAGUGUUUCUAAUGUGAAGGGACUGAUGGUGCAGGAUGUGGUGGUCAGGGUUCCUGAGGGCUCACCCUGCAGCGAUGACGAGCUCAAGGCAGCACUGCUCAGAACUGGACAGCUUUCAAGGGGCCCUAAUUCUUCAUAACCUCACACCAGGUCGAACGGCUCUCUCUCUCUCUCUCUCUCUUCAUCUGUGCUUUGGUUGCAUAUGGGGCCCUAAACUCUUCAUAACCUUUAUUUUGUUACAUUUGGUUUUUAUUGUGUACAUACUCUCCCUUUAAAGUUUGGAGUUUGUACCAAUGGGCAUAAACUGGUGUUUUGGUGUCA